UCGACCGCAGCUGCUUGCAGUCCGCAGAUGUUCCACAAAAACAAGCGCCGCCGAGCUGCACAAAAACAACAAAUUGAAUAUAAAUCGGUCAGAGAGAGUGGAAACAAAGUGCGAAUUGUGAAUUAAAAGCUGCAAACGCACACCUGGAAACCGGGUCUGAAAGAGGAUACUGAAUUUCGCAUAAUUCGCACCACGCGCAUCUUGUAUCGAAUUUUCCCCCAGUAAAGUGUAUAAAGAUGGAAAGGAACCCGACAGCGGUGAAGGGAGGAGGCGGCGGAGGAGAGUCCAGGGAUCGGCAGGAGGCCCCACCUGCCGCCGAUUACAUGCGAAACUUUGAAAAUAUAAUAGCCCCGGGAAAGGAGGCCUCCAUGAUCAGGGAGUUCAACCCUCAGGUGGCUUACGAAUUUGAGCGUUACCUCAAUCCUCAGAAGCUAAAGCAACAUGUCCUCAAGAGUGAGAAGCUGCGCUCCAUUGUGGAGCAUUAUGCCAAAGAAUCCGGACAGUCUGUAAAGCAGCUGGAAAAACAGGCAAAGGCCAUCAUCGACGAAAUCGGUUUGGAGCGAAAUAUGGCCAUAAUCCGAUGGUGCGGAGUCGCUAUCACAGCGAUUGGAAAGCGAAUCUGCGAUGGAUUCUACGUCAAUUCCGCGAGCAUGGCCAAUGUGCGCAAGGAUAUGGGCAAGUGUCCAGUCCUCUACCUGCCAAGUCACCGGAGCUACAUGGACUUUAUUCUCAUGUCGUACAUAUGCUACUAUUACGACAUCGAAAUACCAGGAAUAGCGGCCGGAAUGGAUUUCCACUCAAUGUUUGGCAUGGGCACUAUGCUCCGAAAGACUGGAGCCUUUUUCAUGCGCCGAAGCUUCUCCAACGACGAGCUCUACUGGGACAUCUUCAGGGAGUACAUGUACGCCUUGGUGGCCAGCUAUCACAUCGGCGUGGAAUUCUUCAUCGAGGGAACCAGGUCGAGAAAUUUCAAAGCCCUAGUCCCGAAGAUUGGUCUCCUUUCGAUGGCUUUGUUGCCUUAUUUCACUGGAGAAGUUCCUGACGUUAUGGUUGUGCCAGUGAGUGUGGCCUACGAGCGAGUCCUGGAAGAGCAACUCUUCGUGUAUGAGCUGCUGGGAGUACCUAAGCCUAAAGAGUCCACAAAGGGCUUCUUCAAGGCUCUUAAAAUCAUAGACGAGCGCUUUGGCAAGAUGUUCCUGGACUUUGGAGAGCCCAUUUCGGUGCGGGAGUUCUUCGGACACGACAGUGGCCACAGGAUGCAGCGAGCCGGGGUGGCUGGACAUCUGCAGAAGCUCAACCGCCAAGAGGUCGAGUUGGUGAAGCAGCUGGCCAACGAGAUUAUCUACCAACAGCAGCGUCGCAUUGUGAUCACCACCUUUAACCUCUUGAGUUUGUACUACGCUAGUCAAUUGUAUGCCCAGAAGAGUGUCAACAUCGAUGAGCUAUCCCGGGGAGUGCUGCUUUUAAAGCGCAUCUUUGAGCAGCUUGGAGCGCAUGUGAGCGCCACACCCAAAAGCAUAAAGCCGGAUAUUAUUGACGCUGUGGAGAUUCACUCGAAUAUUUUGCGAUUCGUCAGCGCCCGACUACAAUUCACACCUAUGACAGCCAAGCAGUUGGCCACCCAAUUCGAUGGAAAGCGGUUGAAAGCUCAUGCUCUGUGCCCGCAAACAAUGGCAGUGGCAGUUCCAAUGCUGGCCCUGCAGCUCUACAUAAAUCCGUGUAUGUUUUGGCUAGCCCGACCGGCUUAUCUGCUGCUGGCAGCUCUCAAGGAACAGCAGAAUCAGAAGAGUAACCCAUAUAUCUCAUAUGAGUCAACUUUGUCCGCCCUUCAUGUUCAUGUGACCAAUAUGGAUGCACUUUUCCAGCACGAGUUCAUCAUAGAGUCGAACCGAGAGGCCGCAGAGUUUGAAACGCACUUGCAGCUCUUACUGGAUGAGAAUGUGGUGGAAGUGGAGCCCAAUGGAAAGGUCAAGGUGCAAGACAACGAGUGCUCACACGUUAUCCUGGCAGCUUUGGCGCCAUUCUUGUGUCUCUACUACCAACUGGUGGUGACCUUAAGAAAGAUUCCUGCAGAUCUAGAGUUCAGCGGGAAGGACCUACUCAUUCGCGUCCAACAGCAUGUGGAGCAGUUGCUGCAGCUGCCCGAUGGAUCUGCCCUUCAUGUGCAUCCUUAUUGUUUGGCACUAGACAACCUCAAUAUUGCCAUAUACGCUCUGAUUCAAAAGGGCUACAUUCUUAAGUGCAAGGACUCUGGGCAGAUGAAAGUCGGCGCAGGGCCAGGAAAGUGUCUUCUGGAGCUGGAGCGACAGCUGCUUGAGUACUGCGAGCUGAUGCCAUUUGCUCAAUAUUCGACAGCGGCCAACCAGCAGGCCCAGUUCCACAUAGCCAAGUUAUAACUGGCAAAUGGUAAAGGGCCGAUGGUGGAGGAGGCGGCAAAGGGUACGGAAUUAAAUCCAGAACCUGAGUCGAAUCCCAGUCAGUGUAGUACAAUUUUCAUUUCAUUGUGCAUGCAAAUCAUCCAGUUUGUUAUCGGCCUGCUUAAGAAUUGUCGUAUCGUCUGCA